AGGCGGAGGCGCGUUGCUACGGCAGCGAGGACCGCGGAGCCGCCGCCAUGUUGUCUCCCUGCCAACCGCACCCACUGGCUCUGGAGGAGCCGCAGGAGCCUCCGAACCCGCAGGAUCCGAAAGAGGAGAGUCCGGACCAGAGCCUGGCCAAGAUUCCGUACCGUAUCUUCGAGGGACACACUGACGCUGUCACCAGCUGUCAGUUCUGUUUUGACAACACAAAAUUUUUGACUUGUUCAUUUGAUAAAACAGCCAGACUGUGGGAUGUGGCGAGUGGCACUACAGUUCAAGUUUAUGAAGGUGAUAUCUCACAGCCACUCUCGGAGUGUUGCCUCAGUCCUGAUGGCAAAAGGCUUUUCACUUCCUCCUGGGACAGAACCCUGAAAGCCUGGGAUGUAGAAACAGGAAAAGUUAUUUGGUCGGUGCAGAUGGGGAGCUUAGUGACGUGUUGUGAUGUGUCUCAGGAUGGGAAGCUUGUGGUGUCUGGCAGUGAUUUAGACAACAGCGUCCUCAUCAGCCAUGCCCAGACGGGGGCAAAGAUCGUGUAUCUGCGAGAGCAUCACCAGGGUUCUGUCAUGAGUUGCUGCUUCGAUCCGGAAAUACAUCACGUAGCAACCUCAUCAUGUGACAAGACUGUCCUCAUCUGGGACCUGGUGGCUCAGAAAACAACAAUCACCUUAAAGAAGCACAGCAGCGUGGUGUCUGACUGCUGCUUCAGCCACAAACUGAACAGCCUAUGCACCGCGUCCUGGGACAAGACCUUGCAGCUGUGGGACAUCAAAACAGGCGAGUACCGGACCCGAGGGCCAAUCAGCUUCAUCGACGGGCAUGAUGGUUGCAUCAGUUCCUGUGUGUUCUCACACGACGGUUCUCUGAUCGUCGCUGGGGCCUAUGAUAAAACCAUUUCCAUCUGGGACUCAGCUCGAGCCUACAGGAAGCUCUUCCUCAAGGGCCACAAGGACUGGGUGAUGGAUGUCGAUCUCUCCUCUGACAGCAAGUGGAUUCUCUCCGGUUGUAAGGAUGCCACUUUGCGGAUGUGGAAUAUUGAACGCAUCAAUAGUGUUGCCAUCGUAAACAUCGAGGAUAAAGAGAAGGGCAUGCGAGUUAUCCAGUGCAAGCAGUGCAGAAGAAACUUCUCCAUCUUCCAGCUGGACCUGGGAGCGCCCGUGCUCUGUGUCUUCUGCCGUCUGGGGAUGCUCUCCUCCCCACCCGAACCCUGAACCUCCACCCCUCCCACAGGUGCCUCCUGGGGCUCAUUCGGGUGAAGGUGCUGCAGAAACGCAAAUUGUUGUUGUGUAUUUUACUGGCAUUUACCCCUCCCCCCUCCCUCCUCAUGUGGUGCGUUGCCUGGAUUUUUGUACAACUUGUGAAUAAAAUGAGACCUUGGUUACUAACAUGAA